GUCAUUGCAAUUUUAGAGGAAGCAGGAGAAUUGAAAAGAGCGAUAGAGUGCGUGUGUUGGAGUCCGUCCUAUUCUUGGCAAUAGUACCAAAUAAUGGAGUUCAAAGCAAAGGUGUGCCCGCUUCCACAGUUAGACCCUAUUCCCACGCUCUCUUCUUCCAUUCCAUUUCAAUUCCUACUGUUACACACACUUCACAAUCACACAUAAUGGAGAAGGACGAUUUUAUGAUCAAUUUGUGUUUGGAUUAUUGAAAACCUUGUUCUUUCUGUUUUUGUAUUUUUUUUCCCCCCAAAUUAUGAUUAUACAUCAAAUACAGAAAUGUAGGUUCAUAUGAAGGGUUGAAUUGUCGUUUAGAUUGCAAUCACAAUGCCUGAUAGAAUUGCAUCUUCCCUCAAGGGCGUUGUUUCUAGAAAAUCAAUGUUUUUCUUCUUUACAAUGACAUCGUUUCUGUUUCUCAUGUCCUGGUUCUUCCUUUUGCGAUCCACGGGUCGCCCUCAUUUCAUUGAUCACAAUUUGUUGCCCAAUUCAAAACUUGAUGGUACUACAAAGUCUCAGACGCAGAACCCGAAUGUCGAGUCCUCGUUUGGGAACCGGGCAAUCCUUGUGGACAGUGAAGAUGUAGAAGAGAGUGAGUCCAGUGAGAAAAAUGGUGGUAGGAAGUGUAGCAGGAAUGAUCAAGUUAUUGUUCCUAAGGUAUUCAUGUAUGAUAUGCCAUCAGAGUUCCAUUUUGGACUCUUGGAUUGGAAACCUAGUGGGAAGAGUGUUUGGCCUGAUGUUAGAGCUGCAAUUCCUGGCUACGCUGGAGGUUUGAAUUUACAGCACAGUAUUGAGUUUUGGCUCACAUUGGAUAUUCUUGCUUCAGAAAUCUCUCAAGCUUCCAAGGCUAGGACUGUGAUUCGAGUUCGAAACUCCAGUGAUGCUGAUAUUGUAUUUGUCCCAUUCUUUUCAUCUCUGAGCUAUAAUAAGUACUCGAAAGCGAAUCCGCAUGAAAAGAAGAGCGGGAACAAGAUGCUGCAAGAAAAGUUAGUGAAGUAUCUGACAGCUCAAGAGGAAUGGAAGAGAUCCGGGGGGAAGGAUCAUGUGAUUUUAGCUCAUCAUCCUAACAGUAUGUUGGAUGCAAGAAUGCAGCUGUGGCCUGCUACAUUCAUACUUUCAGACUUUGGGAGAUAUCCUCCAAACAUAGCCAGUGUUGAAAAGGAUGUGAUUGCGCCUUAUAAACAUUUAAUCAGUUCCUAUGUCAAUGAUGCUUCCAACUUUGAUAGCCGUCCGACGUUGCUGUACUUCCAAGGAGCAAUAUAUAGAAAAGAUGGAGGUUGGGCUCGGCAAGAGCUAUAUUAUCUUUUAAAAGAUGAAAAUGAUGUACACUUUUCAUUUGGAAGCAUUCAAAAAGAUGGAGUCAAGAAAGCUUCCGAAGGCAUGCGUUCUUCCAAGUUUUGCCUUAACAUUGCUGGUGACACCCCUUCCUCGAACCGCUUGUUUGAUGCCAUUGCUAGUCACUGUGUUCCUGUCAUCAUCAGUGAUGAAAUUGAGCUCCCAUUUGAGGAUGUUCUUGACUAUUCAGAGUUCUGCAUAUUUGUUCCUACAAGAGAUGCUAUCAAAGAAAAGUUUCUAAUAAAUUUCAUCAGGAGUAUAGGCAAAAAAGAGUGGACCCGAAUGUGGAACAAGUUGAAAGAGGUUGAGCAUUUCUUUGAAUAUCAUUUCCCAUCUAAGGAGGGUGAUGCUGUCCAAAUGAUUUGGCAGGCUGUUGCACGUAAGGUUCCAGCUAUAAGAUUGAAGCUGAACAAGGAUAGGAGGUUUUCUAGAUUCCCUCCAAGUACAGAGAAAGGGCUAAAAUCGAUACCUACACCGAGAAAUUUUUGGUGAAAAAAUGAUGAGAAAUGAAGAGUGGUGUGUAAAACAAGUCAUACAUUUUCUACAGAAGAUAUAGUACAUGUUUUGAAAUCCUUCUAUAAUUGAUUAUGAAACAAAAAUCAGUUAUGAAGAGAAGCUUCUGAGAGUGGAUUCUGCAUGCCAGAGUUGAUUCUAAUGGAAGAUAAGUUGAUCCGGACAUGCUUAUAAUUGUGAAAGAUCUCUUAUUUUGGUUUUUCUGUGUUUUCUUACUCACAGUACCAUUAGUCUCAGAGCAAAUAGCAAAUCUCCUCCAAAUUUAUGCACCUCGCAUCCCAAGACCCUAGGAUAUGUAAAAAUGUCUUGUUUCUCACCUUUAGGAACAUAACAUUUUCUACAAUUUGAAUUUUUGGUACUAACAUUGUAACCAUUAACCUGUUAUAAAGUAUUCUCACUUUUGAUCCUGAA